AUGAUCAACUCACUUCAGAUUUUGUUUAGUAUCGCCUCUAUAGUUUUUGCAAUCGAAGAACACCUCAAAUCUGCUUAUUUCAUUGUUAAAGAGAAUAAGCGUUCAACAGGCCAAACAAUUAAAACAGUUUGUUCUUCUAGUUUGAUGACCUGCAGCCAGGUGUGCAUGAGGCACUCAUGGUGUACCUCUACUAACUUCCUUAAGAAGAGCAAUGAAGGAAAUUGUGAACUGAAGAAACACAAGUUCUCUCCAAUCACCGAUGACUCUAAGCUCACUGAUGAACCAGGCUCUACUUUACAAUGCUUCUCAAGGUAAGAAAGGUUAUUAACGUUUGCUUGCCGGGACUAUAAGUCAUUUAUGUUCAGAAUUGAACGCAGACGUACAAAAUGAACGAUUUCGCGAUGAACUUGCAAAAAUUGAAAAUUUUACAAAUUUCUCGGUUUUUCAUUCAGGUCUUAGGUGAAUCUGACCAAAAAUUGUCUUCUUAUUUUAAUUAAUAGGCGCUGAGGACUUUUAAUUUUUAUCACUUAAGGUGGCUGAACACAGUUUUGGCAGUUUGUGAGUAUAUGUCAUUUGUCAAAUCAUGGAAAGAGAGAGGUUGCAGGUCACAAGCUGAAACUUGGCAAGUGAAAAAUAUACUGAUGAAAGAUUUUGAUCGGCAGGUAAAAUGGGACGUUUUCGUUGUUUCCAUGGCAAAAUGAACGAUUGAAUACAACCUUAAAAUUUCAUAUUUGCUCAGUUUACAUAAAAUUCGCUCAUUACAUUUUCCUAUAAACUUGCGCACAGCUUACUAUAAUUAAUCAUUACCAUUUGAAACUUAUUUGACCAAAUUUCAACAGACGGGUUUUAAGAUAAUCAAUAAUAUAAUUGUAUUGUAAUUAUUAAAUGUAUCACAAAAUUCGUCUGUUCAACUUUCAUUUUAAAGUUCUCAUUAUUUAGAAUACGGUAAAAGUUAAAAUUCUGCCAAAUAUCACAAAAUUUUGAUGAUUAGAUUUUGAGAAAUCGUCUCCUGUGUACCAUUGCUUUUUUCGCCGCCAAGUUUGUUUGUCUAAUUUAAAACACGCACCGUCACGCGAGUUACCGCUGUCUGCCCGCAAAACCGUGUUCAGUCUCCUUAAUGGCCGGGGGAAAUUACAAAAUUAACGAUUUUUUAUUAAAGCCUUCUGAGAAUUUUUUUAAAGUGUGGAGUUAGCAACAUACUCGUAUAGCCGUCCGUCCCGUUAGAGCUUUUUUCAUUGUUUUUAGACUUAAAACAAUGAAUAAAAACCUGUAACGGGAAAAUGCGCUCGGGGGACCUGAGUAAACCGCGCGACCUCAUAGUAACAUUGCUUUUUAAUCUACCUGUCCUUGGGAAACCAACCAGUAUAAUUAAUUGCUUCGUUAAUUUUUAUUAACAUGAGUGCACUCUGUUUUUCAAAGCAGAAUGAACUAUUCUACUACUUUGCUCGUUUUGUUUUGUUUCUUGUUUAUUUAUUUAUUUGUUGUUGUUUUUAUUGUUUUUUUUUUGCUUUCUACGAAAAACUAACACGCGUGUUUCUAUUAUCAUGCAUUACAAUAACGAUAGCAAGGCAAGCAAUUCACCGUUAAUUACUUACUCCUUACUCCCGAAAUUCGCUACUUCAUUGAUCAUCUUGUUAACUAAACAGUUUAUUUUUUUAUACCGAGCACACUCCAUUGUGCAGCCUUAUUUCAGUCGUGCUUAUGUAACGCGAUGCGAUUUGGGUGUCGAUAAUUAUUUUCAGGGCUUUCUGA